GUUUUGAAACUGGACUGUUUGGUACGGUGGCCGACAGGGGUCGCUGCACUGCAACAAAAGAAAACACAUGCAAAUAGAAAAAACACCAGCAAAUAAAGAAAACAUCUUCAUCAGUUUGACAACACAUGCGCUGCAAAAACUCGCAACACAUCCAAAUUCAGAAAACACGUUGCAAAUUCUUAAAACACAAACAAAAACAGAAACGCGUUCCAAAACUCACAACACGAACAAUAACACAAAAGCGCUGCAAGUUCUAAAAAAACACGACCAAUAACAGAAACGCGCUGCAAGCGGAUCAAACGACAACGGAAGUGUUUCAGGGGGGACGCAAAAAGUGAUGCACCAGUCUGGGAAAUGUUUCCGGUUUACGUUCAAUUCGUCCAUGGAGCUCUCUACGUCGAUCAAAUAUCAGAAUGUAUUGUCCAUUCUGUGGCUUCAAAUGGCCAGACUUGCCCAAAUUUUGCUGUUCAUGUGGGCGAAAUGUAGCAUUUGUAACGGAGAACACAGCUAAAACUGCGGGUGAUGACCAGGGGUCAUGUGAACCUCUGCCCAAAGUGACUGAUACUUGUGGCAUUCCAGCUACAGUGACUGAAACACGUACCAUUCCAGCAAAUUCAUCUGUUCUCCAGUUCAUGAAAUACAGACAAUUAAAAGAAACUGAAAGGAGAACAUUCUCUAGAAGUAAAAAGAAAUUAAAGAAAACAGUGAGGGUUUCUGUUGGGGUCAUGAGUAAGAAAAGGCAUGACUUCAAGCCCAUAAGAGGGAAAAACCUGCCUUUAAAUGUUGAACCUGAGUGGUCCUCUGAGCAACUUUUGGCAGCUGCCAUUAAAAAACUAAAGGACUUCAAUCAAGACAUGGAAGAUGGAGAAUAUGUCUUGCUUUAUCCUGAUGGCUCUCAGAUAAAAAAUAUCCCUGGGACUGACACACCCUUUACCAUUGGUCAAUACAAAGAGGCUAUUGGAAAAGCUUAUCAAAGGAUCACAUUUUACAUCUGCACACUUAAGGCUUUUUUGUCAAAGGGUUAUGGAGAAGACUCGUUUUCAGAAGAUGAGGAUGAUGAAGUUGUUGUUAAUGUUCCACCCAAUAGGUCACCUCUUUCUGACACAGUGCUUUGGUCAAGUCCUGAAAGCAGUACACCAGAGCCUAGACAUUGGUCAACUGCAACUUCUGAGCCAUCAACAUCCCAGUCAUGUAAUGAGCAAGGGCUGCAUCCCAAAAGUGCAACAACAUCCCAACAGGCCAAGAGUACAACAAGACUCCAACAGGCAACCACCCCAGUGGAUCAUUUCACAUCAAGUGACUUUUACGAUACAUAUACCAACAUCUACGCACCUGUUAUUAUUGACAGCAGUUCAUCAGAUCUUGAGGAAGUAGAAAAAUAUCAAGAGAAAGAGAAAGACAGUGAUGGACAAGAUGGACUGACAGCUGCAGACAUAGUGUCAAAUCUGUCACAUAAGCUUAACACAACAUCCUGUAGCAGAUUUAACAUUAAUCGGGCCAAUGUCUGGGAUGGUGCCUUAAGAGGUUUCAGGCGCUGCUCAUUUGAUCCCGCCUGCAGCAUGUUGGUGAAAUUUACAAAUGAUGCUGGCCUGAUGGAAGAGGCUUUGGACAGUGGUGGGCCGACUCGAGAAUUUUUAACUCUGUUGAUGGAUGCCAUCAAAACGAGAAGAGUAUUUGAAGGCAAAGACAAUGCCAAAUACCUCUCAUAUGAUAGUAAAGCUGCAGAAGACAAUGAGUAUUUCCACAUUGGGAGAAUGAUCGCAGUAUCCAUUGUCCAUGGAGGCCCAGGCCCUGCUUGUCUUUCCCUCAACUUUUUCCUUUACCUAAUUGGUAAAGUAAAGACAGUUGAUGCCCCAAUUGAGGAUAUACCUGAUGAUGAGGUCAAGAAGGCCCUCCUUGAGGUAAUUUUCUUUAUAUGGGAAUCUAAAUAAUAAAAAAUAUUUUGUCAGCAUCUUACCCAAAACUAUCAAUAAUAUUGAUACUUUAAUAGCUGUACAAAGAGUAUGUUUAAAUGGAUAGUUCACCCAAAAAUAAAAAUUAUGUCAUAA